AAAAUUUGAUUUUGAGCAGAGGAAAGAGAUAGAUAGAUAUAAAACAGAAUGGUAAAAAUAAACAUAGUGCUAAACGUCGGAGACUCUCAUCGUGGGUGCACUAUCACUCCUAGAUUGCUGGGACCCAUAUCCAGUGUCAUCAGUGGACCUCGUCUGUCUGGAGUAGGUCGAAACACUGCGAUCCAUGACUCUGGGUUGCUGGAGAACGCACGGCACGAAAUUCCUCCGAAUGUCGUCCCCCAAUUUCUUCUCGUCGACCGUGUCCGACUCCAGGACGCUGGCAAUUGCUUCCCAGGUAACGAGAGG